UUAGGAUUGAUCCCAGUGUUUAUAGGAGUCUUUCUCCUGCAUGUACUUGCAUGUUUUGUUCUGUGCCAUGCAGUGAGCACUCAGUUCUUUUAAUCUUAUGCUAAUCUGAUUUUACUCUUUCAGUAACCAAAUAGGAAUGAAUUGUACCAUAGUCAAUUGAUGCUUUUCCCUCUCUUUUGAGAGUGGAAUGCUGCAUUUGGGCUCAGUCUAGGCAGAUCUGUGCUGGUCAAGAUUGGAGAGAAAAUUGCUUAUCAACUGUUGGGUAAUUACAAUGGACACCAUUUGGCACUGAUGGUAAUAUUGACUCAAUUUGAGCGGAAAUGUUCAGUUUCUUGCUGUAGAAUGAUUUGUUCUACUAAGUGAGACUUUUUUUUAAUUGGUUGCUGUUUGUACCAAACUACAGCUAUUCUGUUAGCUCAUUUGGAAAGAAUACAUUUUAACUAAAGGUGUUUGUUGUUUUUCAGGUUUCCUUAGUGUGAAGUAAAUGUGUUUGUUCCAGCCUGUAAGCUGCUGAAACUAACCCUUACCAUGGCAUCUGCAGCUCUACCAGUUACGUUUAAGGAGUUUUGCCCCCUGUACUAUCUCCUCAAUGCCAUUCCUACGAAGGUCCAAAAGGGAUUUCGCUCCAUUGUGGUGUACCUCACAGCGCUUGAUACCAAUGGGGACUACAUUGCUGUGGGCAGUAGCAUUGGAAUGCUCUAUCUGUACUGCAGACAUUUAAACCAGAUGAAAAAAUACAAUUUAGAGGGGAAGACUGAAUCUAUUACUGCUGUAAAGUUGUUGAGCUGCUUUGAUGAUCUUGUUGCUGUUGGUACAGCUUCAGGCCGGGUUGCAAUUUUUCAACUUGUCUCUUCGUUACCUGGAAGAAACAAACAACUUCGGAGAUUUGAUGUGGCUGGUAUCCACAAAAGCAGCAUCACAGCCUUAGCUUGGAGUCCCAAUGGAAUGAAAUUAUUCUCUGGUGAUGACAAAGGGAAAAUUGUCUAUUCUGCUCUGGAUUUAGACCAGGGUAUUUGCAACUCCAGUCUGGUAUUGGAAGAGCCAUCUUCAGUUGUACAAUUGGAUUAUAGCCAGAAAGUGCUGCUGGUCUCUACUUUACAGAGAACACUACUUUUUUACACAGAAGAAAAAUCUGUCAAGCAAGUUGGAACACAGCCCAGAAAAAACACUGGCAAAUAUGGAGCAUGUUUUAUACCUGGACUGUGUAAGCAAAGUGACCUGACACUAUUUGCUUCAAGACCUGGGCUCCGCCUCUGGAAGUCUGAUGUCCAUGGAACUGUGCAGGCCACAUUUAUUUUAAAAGAUGUAUUUGCUGGCGGAAUAAAGCCCUUUGAACUGUAUCCUCGGCUGGAGUCAUCUGACAAAGGAAAUUACAGCUUCCCAGAGAAACACCUUGGGCUCAUUUCUUGCCUUUCCCAGGAAGGAUGGGUGUUGAGCUGGAACGAAUAUAGUAUCUAUUUAUUUGACACUAUGAACCAGGCUAUAAUAGGUGGCUUGGAAGGAUCUGGUGAUAUUGUGUCUGUGUCUUGUACCAACAAUGAGAUUUUUCUCUUAAAGGGAGAUAGAGACAUAAUAAGAAUUUCAAGUAGACCUGAAGGACUUGUAUCAAUAGUUUCAGAUGCAAAUUCAAAAUUGCUGAGUCUGUUACCAGAUUUGAGUCCCAAAUUGCAGAGCCCACUAUCUGUGGUUGUAUCUGUAUUGCCUGGCCCUUCAGUGGAAACACACCAAAAAAUAAAAAUGGUUCCUUCCUCCAGAAUUAUUGGUGAUAAAAAUGACUCUUAUUCUUUAGUGAAAGAUGAUCUGGAAACAACACUGGUAUCGGAGAAAAGUCUUGAUAGAGUGGGGGACUUAAGCAGUGAAACAAGAAAAAGAGGCUGUUCGGUAGCUAGUGAAUCAAGAAGCAGGAGCAGUUCAGUAAAUUCUGUGGACAGUGGCUCUAGUCUCCUGACAAGUGGAGACCAACCAUUGUCUGAAGUGCAUAGAGAGAGUCAACCUUCUUCACAACGGUUCAGCAUAAUCAGCUGUGAAGACUUUGACCAGGAACUCAUUGUAAAUCCCAUCAAAAUAAAAAAGGAGAAGAAGAAGAAGAGGAGACAAGAAAAUGUGACGAGGAAAAACCACAGCUCUCUGGAAGGUACACCAAAUUAUGAGCGUCAGUUUUCUGGUGAUAGUGUACAUUCUCUAAAUGCAGAUUCAUUGUCCAUGACUUCUAGCCUAAUGAGCUAUAGUAUAGAUCACUUGAGCACAGGUUCUCCAGAUCAGGAAAGUGAGUUCGGUGUGGAGUCACAUGCUGUCUUGCAGGAGGAUAAUGGCUCGGAAUCAUUCAGUGUGCUUCAGUCUCCAUGCAUUAGUACUGCAACAGAUUCGGAAGAAAAUGGAGGUACAAUUGAAUUACUAAAACUUCCUAACAGGGACAGUGGAAUGAAUACACCAGCUGUUACACCUACUCUGUUCUCCAACCCUCUCUUAAUCCUCACUGAAGGCGUAGGGGGUAGCGAUGAAACAGAAUGUAAUCCAAGCCUGCUUUCUGAAAAUACUGAAUGCCAUUCUAAAUUGUUACCCCAAGAGGAACAACAGAAUUUUCCUGUGCUAUGUAAAGUAGAUGAAACUUUAGCUAGAAUAAGUCUGAAGGAUACUGAAAAUGCUUUUGAAGAAACUAAGAUCACAGACAAAGUGUCUUUAGGUUUUAAUACCACAUGUAAUGCUGAAAAAUCACUGGCACAGGAAAGAAGUGAUGAAGCUCACAGGGGAGAGCAGCAGCCACAUUGUUUAAUAAAUACUGCCUCAGAAAACCCUACAGAUCCCCAGCCUGACAUCUCUAGGGAAGAUGUGUGUUCACAAGAGUCUGCGGUUUCUGGAUGGGACUUGGAGGAUGCAAUCAAAGCUAAGUGUAGUGCUGCUGAAUGGGUAACCAACACACACGAUACCAGGACUGAGAAAUCUGCAUCCAGUGAUGAAGAGGAUAUUUAUGGGCAUGGACUACCAUAUUCAUCUUCAGAGACUAGUGUGACAGAAAUUGGGGGAAGUUUUACUUCCCAGGAUAUGACCAGAACAAGCCUAGAUGAAAUAAUGCUCUUAAAAUCAGAUCAGUUUGCAGAAAGCUGGAUGGGAUAUUCUGGCCCUGGCUAUGGGAUACUCAGCCUGGUUGUAUCAGAAAAGUAUAUUUGGUGCCUGGACUACAAAGGUAGUCUCUACUGUAGUGCUUUACCUAGUGCAGGUCUGCGGUGGCAAAAGUUUGAAGAUGCUGUCCAGCAGGUGGCAGUCUCGCCUUCAGGGGCUCUUCUCUGGAAGAUUGAACAGAAAACUAACAAAGCAUUUGCCUGUGGAAAAGUAACCAUAAAAGGAAAGCGCCACUGGUAUGAGGCUUUACCUCAGACAGUAUUUGUAGCUUUAAGUGAUGACACUGCCUGGAUUAUCAGAACUAAUGGAGAUCUGUAUCUGCAAACAGGCCUGAGUGUGGAUCGUCCAUGUGCCAGAGCAGUAAAGGUUGAUUGUAUGUAUCCGCUAUCUCAAGUUACAUCCAGAAACAAUGUAGUGUGGGCACUGACUGAGCAGCGGGUGCUUCUCUAUCGAGAGGGAGUAAGCAGCUUCUGUCCUGAAGGAGAACUGUGGAAGUGUGAUAUUAUCAGUGAAAUGCAAGCUUUGGAACCAGUGUGCAUAACGCUUGGAGACCAACAGACGUUAUGGGCUUUGGACAUACAUGGAAAUCUAUGGUUCAGAACUGGUGUAGUUUCAAAGAAACCGCAAGGAGAUGAUGACCAUUGGUGGCAAGUAAGCAUUACAGAUUACGUCGUGUUUGACCAAUGCAGCCUCUUCCAGACAAUAAUCCAUGCAACACACACAGUGGCAACAGCAGCCCAGGCUCCAGUAGAGAAGGUGGCGGAGAAACUUCGAAUGGCAUUUUGGUCACAGCAGCUUCAAUGUCAGCCCAGCCUUCUUGGAGUCAACAGUAGUGGGGUCUGGAUCUCUUCAGGCAAAAACGAGUUCCAUGUAGCAAAGGGAAGUCUAAUAGGAACAUAUUGGAAUAAUAUUGUGCCUCGAGGUACUGUUUCUGCCACAAAAUGGGCUUUUGUGUUAGCUUCCACAGCUCCAACUAAAGAAGGAAGCUUUCUGUGGCUAUGCCAAAGCAACAAGGAUCUGUUUUGUGUUAGUGAUCAGAAUCCUCAGUUCCAUCCUUCUUCAGUUCAGCUACCGCCUGAUGCUGAAAUGGUGUGUUAUUCAGCCUGCCAGGAUGCCAUAUGGGGUUUGGAUAAACAAGGACAGGUCUUUAUCAGAACACUUUCACCAAGUUGCCCAGCUGGGAUGCACUGGACAAAACUGGACCUUUCUCAGCUAGGUAUGGCUUUUUGUGGAGCAAUAAAAUUGACCAGUUUGGCAUGUGGAAAUCAGCACAUCUGGGCGUGUGAUACUAGUGGCGGCGUUUACUUCCGUGUAGGAACUCAGCCUCUAAACCCAAGUUUGAUGCUUCCUGCGUGGAUAAUGAUUGAGCCACCUGUACAGCCAGUGGGAAUAAACUUGGUCAGUGUUCAUUCAAGUCCAAAUGAUCAGAUGCUAUGGGCAAUUGAUAGCAAAUGGAAUGUCCAUGUACGAAUAGGAAUUACAGAAGAAAUGCCAGUAGGCACUGACUGGGAACAUGUACCAGGGUUGCAGGCAUGUCAGCUGGCUAUAAGUACAAGAACUGUUUGGGCAUGCUGUCCAAAUGGAGAUGUAGCACGUCGGUAUGGCAUUACUGACAAAAACCCAGCAGGAGACUACUGGAAGAAGAUUCCAGGGAGUGUGUCUUGUUUAACAGUGACACCUCUAGAUGAACUGUGGGCGAUUGGUUCUUCAGGAUACCUUCUUCAGCGCCUCACGAAAACAUUCAGUCACUCUCAUAGCUUGCAAAAAAGUAGUGACACUUCUGUUUUGCUUCACCCUGAUGAUUUUGAAGAUGAAUGGGAAGUGAUAUGAAGGCACUCAAGCAUGUGAGGCAGUGGAAUAACGAGAGAGCAAU